GGGUGGGGGCAGAGCCAGGCUAAGGCCUGUCAGCUCAGCAGGUUUCAGUCCUUUGUGGUUAAAGGUGCAGGUAUUAAAUGCCGGAGUGGAAUUUGCUGCAUGGUCCUUCGAAGCAAGACUGAGACUAUCGCAUACACCCUGAGCAAAAAUCUCCGCCCACAUUGCACUGGAGUGUACAAAGUGGGGAGUUACCAGAAAACCAGGAAAUAAAAACAGAAGGAGAGAGAGAAAUCGGGAAAAUGAGAGGAUAGUUACAAAAUGGCUGUCAGAUUCCAGGAUCAGUUCCCAGAAAUGGAAGAAACUCUGAUAUGGGAGCAACACACAGUCAUGUUAUAUCGGGAUUCAAAGAUAGGAUUUGGUAUUGCAAUAUCUGGAGGGAGAGACAAGCCCAACAGUAGCACAGGAGAGACCGCCAUCCUGGUUUCAGAUGUCGUUCCAUCUGGACCAGCUGAAGGAAAGAUUCUGAUAAAGGACAGAAUCGUUUUGGUGAAUGGCGUUUCCAUGGAAAAUGUCCUUUCUUCAUUUGCCAUCCAGUGUCUGAAGAGUUCUGGAAAAACUGCUAACAUAACAGUGAAGAGGCCUCGUAAAGUACAGAUCCCUGUGACUAACUCAGCACCAACAGGGUCCUUCUAUUCAAACCAAUCAGACUAUGCACAUGAUGAUGCUUCUGAUGAGGAUGAGGACUAUGAUCCAGCUGACAGGAAUCUACGAAGGAUUCAGAACCAAAAUUUGUACCAUGAGGAUUAUCAUCACAGUGACCAUGACCAGUACUCCGACAGGAACCACAGCUAUGAUCGAAGCCCAAGUCCCUCAAGGAGUUAUGAUCGAAGCCCCAGUCCCUCAAGGAGUUACAACCAUCAGCACCACAACCAUGACCACAAUGACAGGAAGUACAGAAGAGAAGACAGCCCAUCCUGGAGCCACCAUGACGAGACCAGCCAACCUGCCAUCAAGAAACCCAUCAAGAGUUUCCUCAUUAAAAAUAGCAAUGAUGAAGAAUAUGGAUUGAGGUUGGGGAGUCAAAUUUUCAUUAAACACAUGACAUCAAGUGGUCUUGCCUCAAAGGAAGGGGUCUUACAAGAGGGAGACAUCAUACUGAAGAUUAAUGGUAUAGUAACGGAGAAUAUAUCUCUGGAAGAUACAAAGUCACUAAUUGAGAGAUCGGAGGGAGCAUUGAGACUGAUGGUUCUUCGCGAUAAUGAACAGUUUCUGAUCAACAUCCCAGAGCUGGAGGACAGUGAGGAAAACAGCUCUGGAAUGGAAGAUAUUUCAGAUAUGGAGCCGGAACGUUCAGAUUCACCUGUUGUUGGGCCAGAUCCUGCCAACGAACUGAAGACCAAUGAAAGCCUAAGACCAAACAAAAACCCAGUUACAGAGAUGGAGGACAAACCUGCAGCCUCCAUGUCCCCUUAUGCCAUAAAGGAUGCAACGUAUGCUGUCCCAGUAAAGGCAUCAAACACAAGACCACCGGAUGAGUAUAAUGUUGGUUACAGCCCAGACAUGAAGGUUGUGAGGUUUGUGAAGGAUGCCAAUGUUGGCUUGCAGCUGGCUGGAGGCAACGACGUUGGAAUAUUUGUCUCUCGGGUUCUCGAAGACAGUCCUGCUGCCAAACAGGGAAUCCAGAAAGGAGAUCAGAUUUUAAAGGUGAAUAACGUCAGCUUCCAAAACCUCACUCGUGAAGAGGCAGUGCUGCUCAUGCUGGAUGUACCCAAAGGACAGCAAAUGGAGAUUAGAGCUCAGAGGAAGGAAGACAUUUUUAAAAAAAUGAUCAACUCAAAUGUUGGAGACUCUUUCUACGUGCGAACCCACUUUGACCACGAGCUGGAAGGGUCUCAGGACCUAAGCUUCAGGAGAGGCGACGUAUUCCGAGUCAUCGAUACCAUGUACAAAGGGAAGCUGGGAGCGUGGUAUGCUGUGCGAAUCGGACGAGACUUCAAGGAGCAGGAGAGAGGCACCAUCCCCAACAAGAACAGAGCUGAACAGAUCGCCAAAGUUGAAAUGCAGAAAGCUUCAUCGAGUACAUCGGCCGGAGCACGGGCAGAGUUCUGGAAGAUGCGUGGCCUGAGAGGGGCCAAGAAAAACAUACGGAAAAGCAGGGAUGACCUUUCAGCCUUGACGAUCCAGGGCAAGUUUCCGCCCUAUGAAAGGGUUGUCCUGAGAGAAGCCAGUUAUAAAAGGCCUGUUGUGAUUCUUGGACCAAUUUCAGACAUCGCUACUCAAAGGCUGGCCAGUGAGCUGCCUGACCAGUUUGAGCUUGCCCAAACGGUGCCAAGGAAUUCUGAAGAGGGAUCAUCAUCUAUCAUCAAACUUGAAACGGUGCGACUUAUCUCUCAAAAGAACAAACAUGGACUACUUGACAUCACACCUUCUGCCAUUGAGCGGCUGAACUAUGUGAAGUGGUACCCAAUUGUGGUGUUCUUCAAUCCAGAGAAUAAACAGGAGGUGAAAGCCAUGCGGCAUCACCUCUACCCUCAGUCACGGAAAAAGCUCCAAGAGUCUCUAUGCACAGGCGUAAAACUGAGGAAGUACUGGUCUCACCUCUUCACAGGUACAAUAAACCUGAAUUCUGGUUCUAGUGCAUGGUACGAGGCCCUGAAAGCAACAAUCAAAGAGCAGCAGACCCAACCAGUGUGGUUUCCUGAAGAAAAGACUGAAGAAACAGGGACUGAAGACAUAGAAUUGCUGAACCGAUCGAACAGCGCGAGCAUGGAUUACCUGAGCUGCGAUGAGAGCAGAGCCAACAGUGAUUAUGAGGACACAGAUGCAGAAGGUGGGGCUUACACCGAUAAUGAAUUGGAUGACAUGCCGGAUAGGCCUGCAAUCACUAGAUCCUCUGAACCUGUCAGGACUGAAGCAUCUCUAUUGCCCACAACGGAAACUCAUGCUGCACCAAAGAUUCACUCACAAGCACAGGUAGAACCUCAGGGUCAGUACAGGGAUCCUUAUUAUACCAGGCCAAGCAAACAGGAUCUCAAUGCAAUCAGGUAUAGCCGAGAACCAGUCUACAGCUCCGAUGAAGAUGAUGAUGAAUGGAAUGGACCAGCCACCGAAUUGUAAGCAAAGUCUCAUCAAAACAAAACACUCCACCAACAGAAUAAUGUUUAAACAAUCAACUGUGUUUAGGUGCUCUUAAACACUAUCAACAUUUGUUUAUAACUUCUUCAUGAAUGUUAAUUUUUAAAUAAAUGCAAUAAAUAAUUACAGUAUAAGCCUUAUCCCAUUUUCUAUAACUGUGCAAAAUGAAGGGACCUCAGUGAAAUAUUUCACCUCUCCACAAAGAUUUGAUGGGUCGAUGUUUCAUUCACCAUGGUACAUGCCUGGAUGAUUAUACAUUCCUUUCCUGGCCAGUAUGAAGUUGAUUGGUCAUCAUGGUGGUUAUAUUUGGUGUAUAUUAUAGUAGAAAUUACUGGCAUGAAGGCAUUUGAGCCAUUUUGUACAUGGCAGUAACAAAAGUGCCAUUUAGGAAAAUCACACUUCCCAUUCUUGGUUUGUGGCUCUUUGGGACCUUCAUGCACUCAUCCACAUUCUUUGCAAAUAGGAGGACGACAUUUGGCUCAUCCCGUGUCAUGUGAAAACAGGAAAAUCAUUAACCUGUGAUAUAAAAUAAAUGCUUCCACUAAAUCAUGUGUUAUCUAGGCUCACAGCUGAAUACAGUGUACACACAAGAGCAGUAUAUUCAGGCUUAAAGGGAAUGGAAGAAAAAUAAAGUAUUAGGUUCAUUAACUUACUGACCUUUUAAAGCAUAAAUAUUCCAGACACAAUCACGAGUUACUGGCUUCAGCACCUCAGCUCUCGGUGGGGGUUUUUUGAGCUGCUUGUUUUGAAUUACAUUAGCUGGAAUUAUUUGGUGCAGAUAUUACUGCACAUUGAGAACAAAAAUAGACAAAUCUUUUUCUAAAGAUAUAUAAUCUGUUUAUUCAAAAUAAGCUUGGCCUGUCUCAAAUCCCAAGCAGUUUAUGCCCACAAGAUCAAUUUCAAUUCUCAGUCUGAGGGGACACAGGAAAUGCUGCAAAGUGCAUUCACUUUCCUUCUCUGUAACUUUCCACAGACCAGCAACUGAAGUUGGGACAUUUAUGGCUGCCUUGCUUAUCAUUAGAGCCAUUGUCAUAAUCCCUUUUAUAUAGUUUAAUGAAGUUACUCUAAAAUCACAAGCAUCAUCUCCAAGUAUUCCCUUUAGAGUGUUUUUUUUUCCACCAAAUGGUGAACUUUCUGCUGAUCAAACUGAUUUUGUUUCUGUGAAAUAGUUGAGUAAUAGACUGAGUCAUUUGCCAGAUUCAGACAUCCACCCUUACUAAGGAUUUUAAGAAUGCAUUAAAGAGCUCCAUAAAUAAUUGAGACGGCACCACCUGCCUAUUAACUGGCAGUGAGCCCUGUAAUGUUCCCAGGGUGGCUCUGGGUAUAAUAUGUGGGAUAGCACAAUUGGUUCCCAUUGUCACUGAGGGAGUACAUACAGCCUUGGGACUGAGGUACAUUUCCAGUAUAAUACAAAGGGGGGUUGAUUGCUGUACUCUAGCUGAUCCAGGAGAACUUAAUACUGACACUUAGUGUCUGAAAUAGGAUAGUGUCUCCUCACCUGGCACCUAAAGCCAAACAGGAGUGUUAAAAGUAUGCACCUCACCUGUCUGACAGGCUCUUUGUCCCAGCACUAAAACACAAUGAGUGGAUGGUGGGAAAAGUAGAACUCCAGAUGUGGUUUCAACUACUCCAAACAGUUUGCUGGUGAGGGAUGGUAGUGGAUCACAGGUCUAUGCUGCAAGUAUCUGUUUCCUUGUAAUAACAGGAGUUUUAUGUCUUGACAACUUCUCAUGCUAAGCAACUGUUGUUGGAAGAUAUCCAAUAUAUAUUUCAAUAAAAUGUGUAUUUUUUCUAUGCAUUGACUCAUUCCUUUCUGCUAUUUAUCAUUUCU